AUGGAAGCUCAGGGCUCCAGUGGCAAUAUCGCCGGGUUACUCUGCCUGGGAGUCAAGGAAGACUCGGAAGAACAGCGUGAUGUGAAAGCAGAGGCUUUCUUUCAGGCUGGAGAAGGGGGAGAGGAGAAAGGGGCACAGGGCCAGCCUGCAGUGGGAGCAGUGGGGACAGAAGGCGAAGGAGAAGAAUUAUGUGGAGGAGAAGGCCACUUUGGUCUUGGUGCUCCAGGUCCUGUGGGUGAUGGGGACAAGGACGGUGGCACCAGGGCUAGUGGCAUGGAGCAGGAGCAAAAUGAGCCAGUUGCCGAGGGCACUGAGGGCCAGAAGAGUGUAAAGCCUGAGGAUAAGCAGAUGCCCCUCCAACGCCCGACGUCCAUCCAGAGGCAGCUGGAGGAAUUAGAUGCUCUUUUGCAACGCAGUGAUUCCUAUAAUAUCCCAUCAAGGGAGGAUCUUGAUAGAUGGAUGGAUAUCAGUGUGUCCAGAGUGCAGAACUGGUUUAAGAUGAGGAGGGCUGCAUUCAGAAGAAAUAGGAGGAGAGCACCAAUCCCUGAACAUUUUCGAGCAACAUCUGAGUGCCCUGUUUGUCGUGGAGUAAGAUGGGGGGAAAGAUGUCCUUUUGAGGCACCGAGAUUUUGACCACAUAUGCCAUCCAUGACAACUGUUACUUUU